AUGGAUAAAAUAGACCUCAAUGAUCCAUACAGCCGACCAGCGCGCAGAACACAAUGGAUAGUCAGUACUUUGGCUUACCAUUACGGACUGGACCGUGGAGUGGAGAACGAAAUUAUAGUUUUGGCCACCGGACUGGAUCAGUACCUACAGGAGAUUUUCCAUCAUAUGGACUACCAAGGGGGCGGCAAGAUCCCCGUCGAGGACUUCAGUAUCUUGUGUGAAAUUUUGGGAUUGAACAAAGACUCGGAGGACUCGGAGUGCGCCGGGAUUCUGGACAAUUUACCGGGCGAGUUCACUUUCAGGCAGUUUCACGCAAAACUGUGCGGAUACUUCAGCACCAAAGCGGGGUGCCAGUAUGAGAACGGCAGGCUGCUUGUGGGGAAAGAGAGCGAGCACAUAGAGACUCAGAUCCGUCUCAGGAGCCCCUUGAGGCGGCGAGAGAAGCUGCUGUCUGCCGGUGUGAGCGGCGGCUCCUCUCCCAUCUCGGAGCGGCACGCCUCCGGCUGCAGGCUCGGCUCCUGCACCCGGGAGUGUUACGAGGAGAUAGUUGCACUCGAGGAGGCAGAGGACAGAGUAGCAAAACUGGAGGACGAGAAUGCAAGUCUGAGAGAGCUGAUCGAGGACAUGAGGGCUGCACUUCAGAGCAGUGAUGCCCGCUGCUUGGCUCUGCAGGUUGGACUGUGGAAAAGCCACUCCAGACAUAAACCCGAGGAAGGAUGUUUUAUUGGCCACCAGAAGCAAGCUGUCCAGAAAAGGAUAAGCAAUGCCAAUGUGAAAAGCAGCGCCCACGACAACGUAAAGAGCCUGCAGAGUAUCAUCCACGAGAUAGAACUGCUGCGUGGCUCCAGAGACCGACAGGUGGAGGAGGCUAUGCUCUGUAAUCAGAGACUGGAGCAGGAACUGCAGAGCUCUAAAGAGGCUGUGGCCGCUCUGGAGGACUGCAACCGAACCCUGAAGAGAGAGCAGGUGGGUAUGAGGCGGAAGGUGGAGGAGGCCAGGCAGGCGCUGCUCAGUGGCCUGAGCAAGGUGAAGGAACUGGAAACCAAAGCCAGUCAUGUGCCAGCGCUCCAGAGACACAUCGUGCAGCUGGAGUCAGAGCUCCUGUACUACAGGUCAGAGGUGUCCAAACUGCAACUCCCAAGCAGCACCAGGGCAGAGCUGCAGCCUCGUGGCAGCGGCAGGCCGGGGCAGAGGUGCUGCCUGGACUCCCAGCAUGACCGGCGUUCCCCGACAGGCCGCGCUGAGACGACGCCAGACAAAAUGGAGGAGCAGCUGUUCCGCUCAGUGGAGGGCCAGGCGGCAUCCGACGAGGAGGAGGACAAGUGGACCGGAGAUCAGCAGAGGCAGGUGGACGAGGUGAAGAGGAUCCUGACCAGGCUGUCCUGCUGCGGAGAGAGGUGCGACGACAAGGCCUUCAAGAAGCUGAUGUCUAAUUUCGGGAGCUCGAGGAGCGAGGAGAGCCGCAGCGCUGUCAUGGAGCUGCUGGAGCGGGUGACCAGGCUGAAUAAGCAGCUGGAGCUGAAGGAGAGCCAGGCUGAGAUAGACAUGGACCAGAUGAGGGACUCUCUUGUGCAAGAGCUGCAGCAGAAGGCGGAAGAGACCGAACUGCUUCAGAUGGAGCUGCAGAUGCUGGAAACGGAGAGGGUGCGCCUGUCCCUGGUGGAGGAGAAACUUCUGGACGUUCUUCAGCUCCUCCAGCAGCUCCGCGACCUGAACGUCUCCCGGAGGUCUCUGGGGAAAAUCUUGCUCAGCACUUUGGAGUCUUGCAGCGACCCGCAGCAUGGGAAAGCUCACAUUCUGGAGGUGCUCAACGCUCUCUAUCACGAGCUGGCCGCCUGUGAGAUUUUGUCCUCUGUGGGCCCUCUGGAGCGAACCCAAAGCCACCAGUCUCUGAACUCCCUCAUCAUCUCCUGCUGAACAAGCCUGCCUCCUGCUGGGCCAAAGACGCUGAGCACAUCUGCACGGGACGUCAGCUUCUCAGAGAGGACUGAAACAUGACUCGCCAUAACAAAAUCAACAGCCAAGAAAAGGGCCAUUUGAGUACUGUAUAUAAUGUAUAAUACUGCAUCUCAUGUAUUCCUCAGGCCUUUAUGUCUGUAAAAUGAAAUUACUUCUUUUUUCUUUAGCCUAGACUAUUAAUUAUUGUAGCCAAGGGCUUAAUCCCACAUAGAGAAGAUACUUGCUCGUUUUUUUUUUGUUUUUUUUUCCCCACGGCGUUUAUUGCACAUAAUUCUGUAUAUUCCAGUGUUGUUUUGUUUCCUAAAUUUGUUCCAGUAGUGUUCUGAAUGUGAAAAUGUUGAAAUAAGCUUAAGUUUAAAGGGGCAUUAAGUGAUCAAUGAUCUUUUUAAAAAACAAAAACAAAACUAAAGUAUCCUGUAAGGGACACAAUUUAUGGGGCCACCUGGUGAAAUCAUUAAUAUUUAUCUCCAACCCUAUGAACCCAGCACAGUUUUAUUAUGGUCAUUUUAUACUUAAGGACAGUCGGAAAUCUUACUUAAUGCUCCUUUAAAAACAGAUGGUAAUGUCUUUGUCUGGGCGUUUGUCUCUGUGUAUGUUCAGCUACUUACAGCCCACAGCGAUACUGCUGAAUCAUGAAAUGUGUUUCAGAGAACAAAAUCCUUAAGGUUUUUAAGGACUAAGGGAAACUGGGUCAUGGCCAGUCACAUUACCAAAUAUACGAGAUUCAUGCAGCCUGCGGCCCACACAAAUGCAGCCAUUUCUAUUGUAAACUACAGCAAAAGUUAACAUAUUGUUGCCAACUCAACAUUGUUUGAAUAUCAUACAGUGGACUGGCCAAAUGGUCCCACUGAUGUCUUGAAAUGAGGAUGUUAACAUUGUAGUGAUUAAAAAAAAAAAAAAAAAAACCUGGUGC